CUUUAUAUCAUGGGCAGAAGUAAUGAAAUAUUUCAUUGCACAGGAUAACAAAAUUUCAGGGGACAAUAUCCAGUACAUUACUUUUUUUUUCAAUUGGUAUACAUACCACUGAAUCAUUCUCUUCAAUUCUGAUUCCAAACAGAUACUGCUUCAGAUUGUCCUGCAGGUUUCCAGUACUGCGGUGACUAUACGUGAAAAGUAUGAGCAUCCUAUUCAACUUGACUGACUAUUCAGACAUGUAUUACAAUACCACUUAUGGUGAAGACAACAUCACUGAGCCUUAUAAUGUUACAUUUAUUUAUGGAAAUGAAGAUUAUCACUGUAUAGAGCUAGUAUCAAUGGUCCUUUACAGUAUCACGGUAAUCAUAGGAAUCCCUGGAAAUGCAACUGUCAUAUGGGUGGCUGGACUGAAAAUGAAGCGGACAGUGAACACAGUAUGGUUUGUGAACUUAGCAAUUGCUGAUUUUCUCUGUUGUCUCUCCCUCCCUUUUUCCAUUGCACACCUUGCUAUGCAUUAUCACUGGCCUUUCGGCCAAGUCCUCUGCCAAAUGGUCUCAUCUGCAAUGGUUUUUAAUAUGUUUGCUAGUGUCUUCUUGCUAACAGUCAUCAGUAUAGACCGCUGUGUUUUGGUGACCAAUCCAAUAUGGUCUCAGAACAAUAGAAAGCCUCAUUUAGCAGUAAUAGUAUGUGCUACCAUUUGGUUACUGGCUUUCCUAAUGUCUUUGCCUGUUUUUCUUUAUAGAGAAGUUCACACUGACAGUUUUUCAGAUCAAUCAAUAUGUACAUACACAAGUGAUUAUGUUUAUGUUUCCAGACUUAGAAUAUUACUUAAAUUUGUAUUUGGCUUUCUACUUCCUUUCUUUAUUAUCUGUAUCUGUUAUGGUAGCAUCACAAACAAAGUGAGAAGUUCUCGUUUUACAAGGUCAAGAAAAACAUUUAAAGUUGUAGUAAUUGUAAUUGUGGCAUUCUUUAUUUGCUGGUCACCCUAUCAUAUCAUUGAGAUUCUGAGCAUAUUUCUUCACCCGGGUGAUACAGAAAGCAAUAUUCAUGACUGGCUUCAGGUCUUGGAUUCCCUAACUAUUGGUCUUGCCUAUAUGAACAGCUGUGUGAACCCCAUGGUGUAUGUAUUCACAGGACAAGAGUUUAAAGAGAAGGUCAGAAAGUCAGUUAAGCAAGUCUUCGAAAGUGCCUUUAGUGAAGAGCUGACUCGUACUACAGCUCAGUCUAAGAGCAAAACAAGAUCUUCCAUGGAUGAUGGAAUUGCACAAUCAAUCAUGUGACAAAUGAAGACUUCCAAAUGAGUCCAGGAACACUUAACAAAUGUAUGGUAGAACACGCUAGAGAAAGCUUAAUUCUGAUCACCAAAAUGAACAUAUUUCAGCAUGAUGCUAUAAUUGUCACAUCUGUGAGUAAACGUACUAAUGUCAUUCAUACAGUUUUAACAGAAAGAAGCUAGCUAUUACACACCAUGACCAGCACCACUGAAAUGCAUUGCAGCACCUGAUGUUUAUAGGUAGAAAAACUGUAACAUGUUAAGAGAGCUUGAAAAAUUACUCAGAUGUACAUUUUGUAAACAUACCAUGUGAGAUUUGAAGCUGUGCACUUUAUAUGUAUUUAAUACAGCAAUACAUUGAAAAUAGACAAUGACCUGUUGGAAAUAACCCUUAGAAAUAUAUUAUAUACAUUAGCUUACACUACUAAGGAUAUUGCUUUGGACUGUUAUUUUUCAUAAAGAUGGAAACUGUUUGUGACAAGAGGAUUAUAUGACAAUGUCAAUUAGUUUCAAGAAAGUUAAUUAUUUGCAGGAGACUUUUAUACCCGACAGAAAAUGCAUCAGGAUUGUACAAUGUCUUAGCUUGCUUCAUGGACAACGAUUACUUAUAGUACAGUCAUGUUCAAUGACUGGUUAAUCUCACAAAGGUAGUAGUUACACGGACAAAAUAUAUGUGCAAAUAAGUACUCAUUUUAAAGUUAAAAUAUUGUUCAUAGCUGGUGUAUAAAUAAAGUAAGUAAAGUGCCAUUAAAUGUGUACGCAGUCUACAGAACACAA